UCAAUAACAAGAGAUUUAUAAAAUUUAUGAUAUGUUUGAAAGAUCUUCAAUAUGAUCGGUCGAGAUAACGAAAAUGUCUGAAAUGUAGCCCGAUCACCGCUUCUUCUGACGCGUCUCUCUAGAAAUGCGACGAAUCAGCCAAUUUUUUUGGAUCAGCAAUCGAUCAACACAAUCGCACUCUCAGAACAAAUUCCAGGUGAAUAAUGAAGGCUUCUCUAAUUUUCUUCUUGCUUGCGUGCACUUCAGUUUACGCGAUGUCGGCUGAAGAUGUAACUAAGUUACAGAUUGAUGUUACGAGUAGGCCAUCAUCUUGUGAUAUUAAAACUCAUAAAGGAGAUAAAAUCAAAGUUCAUUAUCGUGGGAUGUUCGCAGAUGGGACUGUUUUUGAUUCUAGUUUUGAAAGGGGUGUCCCAUUUGAGUUUGAGCUUGGCGCUGGUAAAGUAAUUAAAGGAUGGGACCAAGGAUUACUAGGAAUGUGCGUUGGUGAGAAACGGAAACUGACAAUUCCUUCAAAGUUAGGAUAUGGACCGAAAGGCGUUCCACCAACCAUACCAGGUAAUCCUAACAUAACCCUAAAACUCAUCUAUUUGCAUCAAUUUUUUACCGUACUAGUAAGAAGGUGUUCCCAAAAGAGGACAAACAAAGAUUGAAUGCACUCCUAUACCGUAUCUGUACAAAUAGAAUAGUCGAUUUAUACAGAAUGGUAAAGGGGUCCCUCUAUGAUCAUAGAAAUGAAUAGAAAGGGAUAUUUGAAUCCUUACCAACUUGAUCUUGUUGCCCCAGGCAACAAGCAUGCAUGAACCAUUUCACGAAGUAUGCAUCCAGAUAGCCCUAAGUCUCAAUCGUUAGCUCUUGGUCUUCCGAUUAAAAAACAACGUCAACGAAGAUGAAAUCCAUGGACUUUUAGAAACAUUUGCAUUUAAUCCUUGACAUUAGUCGUAAGUGUUCUUAAAAGAAGUAACUAUAAGGACUAAUUAUGUGCAUUAAGUUCACGACCCAACUCAAACGAUGAUUUGAAUUUAUUCACGGCUGAAGUAUGUGGAGUUUUGUGUUGUUCCCUUGUUGGGUUUUGAA